GUAACAACUCAACGGUAGCUAGCUAGCAGUUAGGACGGUAUGCAAAGGUGAGACCAAAGAGAAGGGAAGUAUGGAUAUAAUCCAGGUCAACUGAAUGAUUGCUGUUCAUCUUUUCAGUGUAGAAAAAAAUGUCCGGUAUAAGCCAGCACUAUGGAUUCCAGUCCGCCACCAUGGUGCAGCCGGCCAAUGGCGGUCACGCCUACCUGUUUGGAAACAAUGGCUCAGAGAAUGACUUGUCAGAAGAGGAUGGGGAGAGCUAUGAGCUGCGGCCCCGUGGCAGAGAGAGGCUGCGGAGAAGCACCUCCAGAGAGAGGAUGGACGAUAUCAUCUACCUGACCAAAGACAUCCAGGAGGGGGACACGCUGAACAGCAUCGCCCUGCAGUACCACUGCUCAGUGGCUGAAAUAAAGCGUGCUAACAACCUCCUGACGGAGCAGCACUUCUUUGCCCUGCGCUCAGUCAAGAUCCCUGUGAGGCGCUUCAGUGUCCUCACUGAGACGCACAGCACUGCGCCUCUCAAGUCUGCCUCCCCCUCGGGCUCCAGGCACCUGGCCCAGAUCUCACCCAUAACCUCCAUCCCCUCGGAAUCCUCCUCAGACUCUUCCUCCUCCACGGACAGCAUAGAAGGGUUCCUCCUGGAGAAGGACAAGGACAUCGAGCGGCUGGUGAAGUCCACGGGUCCGUCUCGGAGCAGCCUGAAUGAGGUUGUUUCCUCCUUAACGCUACAGCAGCCACUACUAGGAGAGGGAGAGUACAAACCGGUGCAGAGGAAGGACCCUUAUUACGGGGCAGACUGGGGCAUGAGAUGGUGGACGGCUGUGGCCAUCAUGCUGGUGGUUGGCAUCGUCACACCUGUGUUUUAUCUGCUGUACUACGAGGUUCUCAUGAAAGCUGAAGUCAGCCAUCACGGCAUUCCUACAGCGGCUCAUGGCGACAGACCUCAUGGACAUCCAGACGGCAAUCAUUUAAACAUUCCUGCAAGAGAAGACCACCACGCUGUGGAACAUGCUGGAAAUGUUUUGAAUGGAGAUUCACAGGGAGCGGCUGGAGAUAAAGCAGGAGACGGUGAACACGGAGGACUUGAGAAAACAUAACGAGGGAUUAUAACUUUUCAUAGAAGACAAAUGCCAACUCUAAUAGAACUGGGUGGAUGAACCCCUUGAGUCGUUUUUAAAGACCUAAUGCAAUCUGUCUGACGUGGAGUCUCUUUUAUAGUGCGAAAAGUCAUUUUUAUAGGGUUGAAAGACAUUCCUUGUGUCUGCCAAUAUACAGAUGUGCUUUUUAAAAAGGAAUAUCAAUGGCCUAAAGAAACUAAAUGUUAUGAUUGGCUGAAAAGGGAUACAUUUCAGAGUUUAUAUCAGGAUACCCAAUAGAUUUCAGGUUAUCAAAAAUGUUGGGUUGGUCCAUUUGCUGCUCAAAAUGUAAGAAUCUAGGUGAUGUUUUUGUUAUCUGCAUUAUCCAUAAGCUACCCUCAAACUGUAUGAAAAACAAACACAGCAGCACUUCCCAAUUUCUGUUUAAACAGGGAUGGAAAAUAAUCUUUAAUUCUCCAGAUUUCAUUUAAAUGCUGUUUUACUCAGUUUGAUUUAAGUGUAUUUCUUGCCAUGUAUGAAAUAGUGUAUUUUCUAAUGCUGUGUGUUGGGGAAAGUAUGGCUGCGGCCAUUGAGUUUAAUAUGUGCUAAUUUAUUUAAAGAAUGUAGUGCAUUAGCCUUUACUUACAAUAUCAGUAUUGGAAGGUACUAGUUAAACUAUUUUCGGAAUUUCCAUUCAAGUUGCUUGAAUUUAUUUUUGCGUUAGCUUGCAGGGAGAAAUGCAUUUUUUUUCCAUUUAAAAACCUCGGAGAGCAUGGUGAGGAGAAUGGGAAAUGCACAUUAUUCCCAAAGUGACUCAAACUUGUAAUUAUUUGAGAUUUUAGACUUUGUUAUAUAGCCCUUUUAUUUGAUCAACGUGUCCACUUGAUACUUUAUAAAAAAGCAUUACAUGUUGUCGACAGUAUGUGCCUUUCAACCUGUGGAAGUGUGCCACAGGCUGGAAAAUAAAAUACAUCUAUUUUGAAUAAAUUAUUGCCAGUG